UCUCUCUCUGUGUUGAUGGAUGUUCUGGAAGAGGUGGAGCUCUGCUUCCCACAACUCUUCAACUCCUCCUGCAAGAGACCAAAGCAUCCUCGUUAUGAGGUCAUCUUGAGAUACAUUUUACUGUCAUCCAUCUCUCUGCUCACUGUGACUCUCAACCUGCUGGUCAUCAUCUCCAUUUUACACUUCAAGCAGCUUCACACUCCCACCAACCUCAUUAUCCUCUCUCUGGCCGUCUCAGACGUCUUUGUUGGUCUUCUCAUGUUGUUCCCGAUUCUUCUCAUCAGCUGCUUGUUCUUCAGUGCCAUCGUCUGUCUUCUGUACCAGAUUUUCACAUAUAUUAUUACUUGGGCUUCACUUGGAAACAUGGUGCUUAUAUCAGUUGAUCGCUAUGUGGCUGUUUGUUAUCCUCUGCAGUACUCCACUAAAAUGACUCAGAAAAAAGUUCGAGUGUGUGUUUGUCUGUGUUGGAGCUUCUCUGUCCCCUUCACAUGUCUGGUGUUAAAGGAUUACCUUCAACAACCAGGCAGGUUUAUUUCCUGCUCAGGCGAGUGUGUGUUUGUCACUGAUUACAUUAUGGGAUAUAUAGACCUGUUCUUGAGUUUUCUCUGCCCUGUCCAUAUCAUUAUAGUUCUGUAUCUGAGAGUGUUUAUAGUAGCAGUGUCUCAGGCUCGGUCCAUGCGUUCUCGUGUCGCAGCAGUUCAGACCGCAGUGAGAGUGACUGUUCAGAAAUCUGAACUGAAAGCAGCCAAAACUCUCGGAGUUGUUGUUCUUGUGUUUUUGAUGUGUCUCUGCCCCUAUUUCAUUUUCUUCUUAAAAGCCAGUGAUACUGUGGCCAAUUCUUCCUCUGCUACAUUUGUGCUUGUUCUGUUCUACUUUAACUCCUGCCUGAAUCCUAUGAUCUAUGCCUUUUUCUACCCCUGGUUUAGAAAAUGUUUAAAAUACAUAGUUACACUGAGGAUACUGCAACCUGGCUCCAGUGGGGCCAACAUAUUAUAG